AUGAUUUGGUGUGACGAGGCCAAGAUAUUGGCAACGUACGUUCCUCACGAUGACCUAAUAUGGCUAGUAACGUCCACAUUUGCGUUAGUACAAGUGGUGCGAAAUGAAUUCAGAAUCGGGAGAAUAUUUUAUGAAGCAGUUACUAACGAAAUAAUAGUCGUGGGCUCGCACAAAGUGACCAGAUAUCCAUUACACAAUAAAGAACAGACGAUAAAUCCAUGGAAGACCGUGUGUUACGUGGACAGCGAAUACGGUCCUUUGUGGGAGAUCGAAUGCUCCUCGUUGGUACCUCAAAGUACAUCAACUUUAAGGUUGGUCGGCUCCUAUAUGGACACUAUUUACGUGUUGCCUUUGGAAUCUGGAAAAGACAGAGAAGACGGAGUUCCCGCGGCAUUUCUGGCCAAGCGAUUGAAUGCCACAAAGGCAGCGAUAACGGUUUUACACUUUCAUCUUACCAGCAUGUGGAUCAUUACCGGUGAUCAACAAGGAAACGCUUUUACAGUUAUGGGAUGGGACCUAGAACUGAACAACACGAUGACAUGUUUCGGAGGUCAUGCUGGAAAAGUAAGAGAUGUAGUUCCCCAUCCCUCGAUUUGUGGAUUUAUUACAUGCUCCGAUGAUAACGUUUUACAAGUCUGGAGCUGCAACCUUCGCGACAAGACGGAAGGCUUUGCGAGCGUAGGCGAAAUUUGGGCCAUGGCAACAAAUCUGACUACAGCGGCUCUUGCGACACUUGGGCAGAAACUGAGUUGCUUCAACAUGCUUCAAUUGUAUAUUUUCUACGCCCCUCUCACGUAAGUUGGUCUCAAAUAUCGCGCAAAGUGCCAGCACGUAAAGGGUCCAUUUUCACUCCGCAGAGCACCCGCUACAAAUUUAACGUCAACGAAUAAUCCAAUGUACCCGACGAGAAUUGUGGCGAGUAGCGUCGACAAUUCCGUCAGG